AUGGCUUCACCCCUACCCAUGGGACCUGGCUUCGUCCCGCAUAUGCCAUUUUCUGCGGGUGAUAACGAAUGUGAAAAGUACUUUGACUUGUUUGACUUUGGGGCGUGGGAGCGGGACCAGGGUAACGGGGUGACCGGAUCCCUCGACGCCGAAACACAGUCGCAAGUCCAGCUCCUCUUCGAAGUCCUCUUCAUCCUCGCCGUCUUCCUCCUCUAG